GCAAGACACUGCAUACUCGAAUACAUCAAUCCUGAAGUUACUGCUUCACUGGUUGGAAACGGAAAGGAAUCACGUAACUAUAUGUGACAACUAACCAUCGUAUCGUAAUAUACGGAGGCUUCUCGUUGGCGAUGCAUCACAAAGGUCUCUCGUUAUCUGUAUUCAUUAACGUGGCUUGGAUCCUUGAUUUCACCGUGUGUUCAACUCGUUACUACCGAGCACAUAUGUCAUCUUCGAUGAACGUCAAAUUCAACGUGACGCCGCUAUCGACGUUCACGUCGACGUCUCCCCUGGCGUGCACGCAGGCCUGUAUCGGUACAUCAGCGUGUCGCUCCUUCAAUGCGGGACCCGGAGGGAGAUGUGAGCUUCUCGAUUCCCACCUGUGUGAUGGACGUGGCGAUUUGGUGUCGGAAGUUGGAUUUCGCUAUUUUGACAUCGACCUUGACCUUGGGGAUGGAAGUUUACAGACAGCUUACUUGAGACCGGCCUGCAUGGACAGCCACAGAUGCUCUCCAAAGUGUCGCACUAAGGAUGUUUUGGGGGCGUCAUGUACGACAGACGCUGACUGUAGAGACGUCACGGGAGCGGCUUGUAGAGCGGCCACGUGUCACUGCAAACCACACUACCACACCAGACAGGCCUAUGAUUCCUGUGUAGAAGCUCGACACUGUACGUCCUUCAGCGCCAACUUCACCGUCACCCGCGGCUACGCACUCACCGACUUCAACAAUGACGUCUAUCUGUCAGGGUACACCUUGAGCACGUGCAUGUACGCCUGCAUCAGCGCCACCUAUCUAUGUCGCAGUUUCGAAUUCAGUCCACCUUCGGGAGCCUGUCAUCUGAGUUCGAACUCCUGCUCCGACACGAAGAAUGUGUUCUGUGGUACCAACGCCCAAUAUGACUACUACAGCCGUGACUGCCUCUAGAUCAUGUGGCCUUCGGUAGCGGUGAGGUACCCCAGUGGUUAAAGUGUUCGCUUGUUACGCCUUCGACCCGGGUUCUAUCCUCUCGUCACCUGAUCUUGUUGUCAUCAGGUGAUGCUGCAAUAUUUCUAAACGCGGCUAGGUUACAUGAGUAAAUGAAAAAGAUGUGCUAAAGUGGGAAUAAAUAAUAGGUAUCAUGCUCGCAAAAGGCCAUUUCUGAUAUAAAACAUUCAUGGAACGAAAACACAUUCGGCUAAUACUGAAUCACUGACGGAAUGGGAAGUGAGUUAGCACUACGCCGGUAUUUUUAGAAAUAUUUCAGCAAUGUCACGAGGUGAGUGAGUGUGGUUUUAGGCCGCUUUUAGCACUUUGCCAGGAAUUUCUCGGCGGGGGUCACCAGAAAUGGGCUGCACACAAUGUACCCAUGUCGGGAUUCGAACCCGAGCCUUAGGCAUGACGAGCGAACACUUUACCCACUAGGCUACCCCACCUCCCCGCGCGGUUGUGGAGGAUGGCAAGUAGAUACAGCUGUUUGUAGAAGCCUUA